AUUGAAAAAUAAUAGUAAAUCGCGUAGACAUUUGUGGAAUUUCAUAAAGCAAAAUUGGGAUUUGAUUCAACAACGAUAUAUCCAUUCUUUACAACUUUUUGGAUUAAUCAUUAAAUCUGUGGACGCAUUUUCAACUCUUGAUGACAUUCGAGACAUUGAAGAAUUCUUUAAGGAUAAGAAUAUAAAAGAAAUUGAGAGACCAUUGCAACAAAGUUUGGAAAACAUUCGUGUUCGUGCCGCAUGGUUAUCGCGUGAUAAAAAGGAUUUGAUUCGAAGAUACGCUACCACUGCUUUUAAUAAUAGUCUUAACCAAGUAUAUAUUGUAUCUGCAGUGAGAACACCAAUUGGUUGUUUUAAUGGAGCAUUAAAGAAGUUAACUGCGGCAGAACUUGGUGCUAUAGCCGCGAAAGGUGCAAUUGAAAAAGCUGGUCUAAAGCCAGAACAAAUUGAGGAAGUUUAUUUUGGUAAUGUAUUACAAGCGAACCAAGGUCAAUCUCCCGCACGUUGUCCAACUACGACUGAAGCAACAACAAUCAAUAAAGUUUGUGCAUCUGGUAUGAAAGCUACCAUAUUGGCUGCUCAAAAUUUAGCAAUCGGAGAUAGAUCAAUUAUGAUUGCUGGUGGUAUGGAAAGCAUGUCUAAUGUUCCAUUUUAUGUACCAAGAAAUGUGACCUAUGGAAAUCAAGAAUUAUCUGAUGGUAUAAUUAAAGAUGGAUUAAUGGAUGGUAAUUGUGCAGAGAAUACAGCUAAAAAAUUUGGGAUUUCUCGUGAAGCUCAAGAUCAACACGCGAUUGAAUCAUAUAAACGCGCAGCUGAAGCUUGGAAGAAUGGUGUUUUCAAAGAAGAAAUAGUACCUGUAAUUAUAAAUGACCGUAAGAAGCAAGUAGUAAUUGAUGAAGAUGAAGAAUAUAAAAAUGUAAAAUUCGAAAAAAUUCCCGAAUUGAGACCAGUUUUUCAAAAAGAUG